AUGAUUCUUUGCGACUAUCAGGCUAAUAGCGGCAGACUCGGUGUUCUGUAUCUGCUGUCAUAUAUUGACCGCGGCAACGUUGGCAAUGCCUACACUGCGGGCAUGGGAAAAGAAUGGGGUAUCACAUCAAAUCAAUAUUCUUGGGUUAUCACCGCAUACUACAUCGCCUAUAUCGCGUUCCAAUGGUUUAUUUUGCUGUGGAAAGUGGUCUCGCUCCCCAUCUGGGUGGCUUUCAUGGCAUUUGGCUGGGGUGCUACAAGUAUCUUACAAGCUGCCACCAGCAAUCUUGCUGGCUUGAUCGUGCUCCGUUGUCUGAUGGGAGCGUUCGAGGCCGGAUUUGCCCCGGGCGUGGCCCUAUAUCUCUCCUUCUUUUAUCGCCGGUCGGAGAUGGGAUUUAGAUAUGGUCUCUUCAUCUCAUUUUCGGCCAUCGCUAAUUGUUUCGCUUCUGCACUGGCAUAUGGUAUCGUUCAUGCAGAUACAUCUAUCGCCAAUUGGCAGUUAUUGUUCAUCAUUGAGGGCAUACCUACAAUUUUGGUAGCACCUCUCGCUUGGAUGUACUUGCCUAAGGGCCCUGGAGAAUGCCGUUUCCUCACGCCCGAUGAGAACGAGAUUAUACGCCUUCGUGCGCUUUCAGGUCGCGGCUACGAAGAGAAGGGGAAACUCAACCUCAAGCAAUCUUUUGCCGCGCUAACCGAUUACAAGAACUAUUUCCAGGCGGUCAUGAUCUUUUGUUUAAACGCGGCUUUUGGUGCACUCCCUGCAUUUCUGCCCACGAUCAUUGAGGAAAUUGGCUACUCCUCGGUCCAGGCGCAAGGCCUUUCUGCGCCACCUUACCUGGUAGCGUACUGCAUCUGCCUGCUAGCCUCUUUCCUCUCGGAUCGAUUCCAAAACCGCUCUUUCUUCCUUAGUGGAUUGAGCAUCAUCGGAGCGGUAGGGUACCUCGUUCAAUCGCUCGUCAAAACAGACGGUGUGCGUUACUUCGCGUGCUAUCUCAUCUGUGGUGGCGUUUUUCCUGCUGUGGCAUUGACAUUCACAUGGGUCACCGACAACGGUGGCUCGGCAUCAAAACGUGGUGCCGGGCUGGUAAUCUUUGGCAUGCUUGGCCAGACGGGCUCUAUCGCUGGCUCACGAUUCUUCCCCAAAGAGGAGGGUCCCUACUAUGUGAAGGGCAUGGGUAUCAGUGCUGGCUUGUUGUUCUUCGCGGCACUCAUUGCUCAAGUCUUGGGGCUUUUGCUGAGACGUGAAAAUAAACGACGAGACGCGAUCCACGGCUCUUCGAAUUCCAACAAGGAGGAUGCCGUGGUUGAUUCUGGUGAUGAUCAUCCCUCAUUCCGAUUCAUUGAACCCCAUCUCAAUUCAUCUCAGUUCUCGCAAGGCUAUGUCGCGAAGAUCAUGGCCCAAUCUGACACCGACCUCGCAACCAUCGAGCCGAAAUGCCUCCAACUCUUCUCUACAGUCGAAGCCAAAUUCCGAGCUUCUGGUCUCGACAACGACAAAUGGUAUUUGACGGUGCUGAGUGCAGUGACGACAACACCUGAAUCCCAAAUUUGCGGCCAGCUAUACCUAUAUCUGAUUAGCCAACAUGCAUAUGCAACUCAGGACGCUCGGCAGAAGCUGAUCCGGCGCAUGCGCGAGGCACUAUUCAAGGACAUUGGCCUGAUAGGGCUUCCACGGCCCACAGAAUCUUUGAUUGAGAUCACAAAGGUUCUUUCCGAGGAAGAUGCGGAAUAUAGCUAUAGUCGCGACGGGUGGAACUGCGACCAUUUGAAUCAUACCCGCGGGAUGGAAUGGCUGGAAAAGAUCUAUGCACACAAUACCACGGCGCUAUUUGAAUUAUUCAAGAAGCAUCCGGACUUUGGCUUCUGGGUCUCAGAUAUCACGUACGGGCUCCUGUUGUCCGACCGGCAGGUCUUGGAUGACGUGGAUACGGAGCUGGUGGUGCUGCCGGCGGUGAUGGGCCAAGACUUGCCGCGGAUGACAUAUUGGCAUAUUCGAGGAACACGGCGCCUAGGAGUUUGCAAGCAUGAUUUGCAAAUGGUCAUGGAUUGUGUGCAUUUGGUGGUAGAAUCCUGCGGUGGAACCUUGAAGCGAAUACCUAGUGUGGAUGAUGUCGACAAAGACUUAUGA